AUGGUCCAGCUGCUCCGGUAUCACCUGGUCGAACUCGUCCUCCUGCUCUUAGUUACUUCGAUGGCCGCACCUAUACCUGUGGCCAUGGAUCUCUUGAGCUCGGUCAGAACCACCCAUCUCGAUCUGUCCCUGGAGCCUCAGGAGGAGGGAGGCGGCGACGAGCAGUCGGAUAAGAGACAAACAGCCCCCACCCCGGGAAGGCUGGUUAGGGCCGCGAGCGGAAAAGAGGCGUACCUCCGGAGCCUGACUACGAGGAUGAUGUAUACUGGCUCUGAGGCGAGAGCGGGUUGGGGGACGACCGGACCAUGA